AUGAAUAAGAAGAUUCUCAAUGGAAGGACUCUAACUGCUUCUAUUGCUGCUGAUAAUGGACGUGCUUUGGAGUUUAUUCAGAAGCACGUGUACAAUACUGAGACUGCUUUGUUUUAUGAGUGUGGGGGGCAUGGUCAUUUGUCGUAUGAGUGUCCUAAGAAUCAAUUGGGGCCGAGGCCGCGGCCUCAGCCUAAGAAGCCGCGAGGGGGAUUUAGUGGGCUGAGGGAUAGGGAUGGGGAGGAGGAAGGUGAUGAGGAGGAGGAGGAGGGUGGUCAGAUUGCUGCGGAGCAGUUUGACGAUAAUUGGGCUUCUGUUGUGGAUGAUGAAGCGGGUGAAAGGUUGCUGGGGAGAAACAGAAAUGAUGAUGAGGGUUUGGACAACAACAAGACGAAGAAGAAAGGGAAGAAAGUUGGGUAUUUCAGUGAUGAGAGUGAUCAUGAUGAUGAUGAUUGA